AUGUGUAUCGUGGUAGCUCAUCGAGACUCGUCAAAAGAUGCCGCAUCUGCAGCGAACUUUGCCGAACCCCUGAGCCGAUGCAUACCCACGCACGCUUCCACGCUUCCAUCACAGAGUAUCAAGGUAUUUUGA